AUGGGUUGGCUUAGCAGAAUUUUUAAAGGGUCUGAGCAGAAGAUUUCGGAAGGUCAUUAUUAUAAAGAAGACGCCGGUUAUUAUUUGCCAUCUACUUCGGGGGUAACAACAAAUGAUGUUUGGAACCAGAACGAGAAUGAGGAUAUAGAUCGUGCUAUUGCACUGUCUCUGGUGGAAGAGAGCCAUAAUACAAACAACGUAAAUGACAACAGAUCACAGUUAGAAGAAGAUGAACAACUUGCCAGAGCUAUAGAAGAAAGUCUUAACUUGGAGUCUCCUCCCAGAUAUGGAAAUGAAAAUGUGUAUCAACCAAUUCAGUAUUUCCCCAUGGGGUCUAGGAUUUGUGCUGGCUGCUAUACUGAGAUUGGUUAUGGACGAUAUCUUAAUUGCUUGAAUGCAUUCUGGCAUCCUGAAUGCUUCCGCUGCCGUGCUUGCAACCUACCAAUCUCUGAUUACGAGUUCUCCACAUCUGGGAAUUACCCUUACCAUAAAUCCUGCUAUAAGGAAAGCUACCAUCCGAAAUGUGAUGUCUGCAAGCACUUUAUUCCAACAAAUCCUGCUGGUCUUAUUGAAUAUAGGGCACAUCCAUUCUGGGUCCAGAAAUAUUGCCCUUCUCAUGAACAUGAUGGUACUCCACGAUGUUGCAGUUGUGAGCGAAUGGAGUCUCAAGAGGCAGGAUAUAUUGCUCUUAAGGAUGGCCGCAAGCUCUGCUUAGAGUGUCUGGAUUCUGCUAUCAUGGAUACUAAUGAAUGCCAACCCCUUUAUGCUGAUAUACAAAGAUUUUAUGAAAGCAUAAAUAUGAAACUUGACCAGAAAAUUCCACUACUAUUGGUCGAAAGACAAGCACUGAAUGAAGCAAGAGAGGGAGAUAAGAAUGGACACUAUCACAUGCCGGAAACUAGAGGGCUGUGCCUCUCAGAGGAGCUCAGCACAUUCUCGAGACGACCUAGACUUGGGACAGGAAAUGGAGCAAUGGACAUGAGAGCACAUCCAUACAGAAUGACUCCACACUGCGAUGUGACUGCAAUUCUCAUUUUAUAUGGUCUUCCAAGAUUGCUUACUGGAUCGAUCCUAGCCCAUGAGAUGAUGCAUGCAUGGCUUCGACUUAAAGGUUAUCGAACUCUAAGUCAAGAUGUUGAAGAAGGUAUCUGUCAGGUUUUGGCUCAUAUGUGGUUGGAGUCUGAACUUUCUUCUGCAUCAGGCAGUAACUUUGUCUCAGCCUCGUCCUCAUCAGCAUCGCACACAUCUAAAAAAGGUAAAAGACCCCAGUUUGAGAGGAAGCUUGGGGAGUUCUUCAAGCACCAGAUUGAAUCGGACAUUUCCCCUGUUUAUGGAGAUGGAUUUAGGGCUGGUCAAAAAGCAGUGCGUAAAUAUGGUCUACAAAGGACCCUUCACCACAUCAAGAUGACAGGGACUUUUCCGUAUUAA